GACCCCAACAUAGUUGGGAAAAAGCUAGGCCAAUGAUGAUCUAUUUCAGUCAUCAGUAUUUGCAAGCAGCACUAGUAGUUACAAUAAGAUGGGACCAUAUUUCAUUAAUUUUUCUGAUAUUAAGAAUGAUUAUUAAAUGUCUGAAACAACAAGCCAUUGGUUUAAAUAUUUCACACAAAACAUAAAUCGCUGUCCCUCACUAUAACAUUAAAGGCUAUGCAUUAAUAAUUCAGUUAACCAUUACCACAAACAAUAUUCACUGUUCACACUGCAGUCUUCCACCAUGGACUUCAAAUCCCCAUGGUGGGUGAAAUACAGGAAAAGGCGGUAUAAAACAAAGAACUAUCUGACCUUCGAGGUGAUAUUAAGAAGAAGUUUUAGGGAGACAGUCCGCGAGUAUUUGUCUUGCGCCUCUAUAGCCGGGAUCAGGGAAAUAAAUAACCCGAAUAAUACUUUUUUGCACCGACUUGCAUUUCAUUUCAGUUUGCGCUAUACCAUUUAUUGUUUCCCUAGCGCUCUCCGCAUCGUCCUCCUCUUCACAUCACUGGUCAACAUCAUGUACUUCCUCCAGUAUACCUGGAACUCCACCUUGGCUAACCCUCUGGUAGUGACAGGAGAGUCCUCUACUUACCCGAUCAAGGACAUCGACUUCCCAGCAAUUGCCUUCUGUAAUAUCAACAGAAUCAGUUUAAAAGCUCUUAAGCUACAUGCGGCGAAAAUGUACCCAAGAUUGUCGAAACUGAACUUCUCUCUGGCUCACCUGGAGUUCUUCUACCAGAACAUGGGCAGACUGAUAGACUUCUCUUACGAUGACACCAGGCUUUACGCGAAACUGAUGGAUGCCUUCUCUUUGAAAGAGUUCAGCGAUAUGACUGUGGGUUUGAUGAGGGAGUUAGCUCCAAAUUGCGAAGAAACGCUGAUCAAAUGCCAAUGGGCUGGGAAGGUGGUGGACUGUAAAAAUAUCUUCGAACUUCGGAGAACUGUAUUGGGACACUGCUGCGCUUUCAACUACGUUCUAGACUAUAAUGCAGCCGUCAGCCUCCACGCAACCAUAGCCCCAGUGAAGCGUCAGACAGUACCAGGAGUGAACAAUGGUCUGCGUGUCGUCAUGGAUGCGAUGAUAGAUGACUAUGCCUUUCCAUUGACUUACAGGACUGGGUUUGAGGUACUUAUAUUUGAUCCGAUCCAUUUCGCUGACAUGACUGGUGGCAGGGUCAUACAGCGCAUGGUCCAACCAAACCAGGAGCAGUUCUUCCAAGUGGAAUCAGUGAAGCAGAUUGCAUCACCAGAGGUCCGGAAGUAUCCCUUGUCAGCGAGAAAAUGCCUCUUCCGCGAUGAAAAUGUGAAAGAAUUCCACAAUAAGUACUCGUACAGCGCCUGCCUGGUCAAGUGUAGGAAAUCGCUACAAAAAUGUACCGACCUGUACGUUAAAAAUUUAAGGUGUCUCGAUAAAUAUAGGGAAAAGCUGCAAUACUUGUAUCCUUUAGACACGGAAGAUACCGAGGGCUUGGAACAAGAGCUGGUGGAUUCCCUGUACUGUCCUGAAUGUCUUCCAGACUGUGAGCUGACACAGCACUCCACGAAGUCAUACAAAAUACCGCUACAAACUACUAGAAUGAGAAAUGGAAUAAAUCUUACUGACAAAUGCGUUAUAAGCAUUUUUCAUCCCACGACAAGCGGUAUUUUACAUAGACUGGAUGUGGUCGCUUAUUGGUUUGAGAUAUUGAGCAACAUCGGUGGAUUUUCUGGUAUGCUCAUGGGGAUCGGAAUCUACACAGUUUACUUUCUUUUUGUUUAUACGUUUUGUGAAAUACUUUAUUCUAAUUACAAUAAAUAUCGCUAA